AUGCCGGCAAUUGGGAGCUCAGGCCUCUUUAGCCGCCAAAGAAAAAAGGGAAAAAAGGAAAUAAAGGAUCGAGACCAGCUCCAAGACCGUGCGCACUGGCCAGGUACAGGAUACAUGCGCAUAUACGGAUCGCUGCCCGCCCUGACAGGAUACUGCCCCAAGUACCCAGUACGGGCCCUUGCGUGUUGAUGGUAGCGCCGCAGCGUCAGGUCUCCGUCAUUGGCUGUUUUGUGUACAGUGCUGCGUGUUGGACAGUUUUGGACAAGAGGAGACCCGAGAG